CAUACAAAUCCACACGUUGGAUUCUGGUGGCUAAUGUCAACUAUUUACAUAAACAGGCUUCAUCCAUUUUGUUAUACUUGACCUUUUCUCCUUCAAUAUAUAUAAGGGAUCAAAAUAUAGAAACCCAAAGGAUAACCCACACCAUUUAUUAACUAGUAUUACUAGUUUAGUAGUAGAAGAAGAAAACCAAGAACUAAGAAGAAACAAGAUGAAGUUGAUUUGGUGCCCUGACACAGCUUCAAUUUCUUAUAUUGAUACUGUUAAAUCUUGUGAAAAUAUUCAAGAAUCGAGUGUAGCAGAGCUAAUAUCAGCCAUGGCAGGUGGAUGGAAACCGCAAUUCAUAGUAGAAACAUGGUAUCCUGGACCUGGUGGUGGGAUUUCAACUAGUGUUGGUUUAUCAAUAGCCAGCCGUCAUACAAGUGCGCGACACGUCUGUAUUGUACCAGACGAACAGACUAGAAUAGAGUAUACUGAAGCCAUGCAAAAGGUAUUAGGCGUUUCAGCAUCGACUCCAUUUCCAGAGAUUAUUGUUGGAGAAGCAGAACAGUUGAUGAAUGGAUUAGUAGGUGUAGAUUUCAUGGUGGUUGACUGUAGAUGCAAAGACUUCUCAAAGAUACUUAGGUUUGCUAAGUUGAGCCAAAGAGGUGCAGUUUUAAUCUGUAAGAACGUUACUUCAAGAAGUAAUUUUGGGGUAUUUAGAUGGAGAAAUGUUCUUAGCUGCGGUUCGCGUGUGGUGCGGACAGCCUAUCUUCCUGUAGGAAAGGGAGUUGAUAUUGCACAUGUAGCAGCAAGUAGUAAUCCAAAUUCAUCGACAAAAGCAAGUCCUAGCCGGUGGGUCAGAUAUAUCGAUCACCAAUCCGGCGAAGAAUACAUCCUUCGAAAAUGAUUUUUUUUUUUGAGUCUUUUCUUGUGGUUUGCUUGUUCGAUUUUUUUUGUUCUUGCUCCAUUGUAUAUAUGUCAUGAAAAAGAAGAAGAAAGAAGUUAUUUGAUGUUCAUGUGUUUGCCACAGCCGUACCAAGGCCUUCCUUUUUUGAUACAUGUUCAGUUCUCCCUUGAUGUAAAUUUUUUCAAUUGAUUGACUGGAUUGUUGAUGAAUGUUCUGUCAUGAACUGUUUCGAGUAAAUAAAUAAAUCCUGUAAUUUAAUGUCUUUGUAA